AUGGCCAUCACCCGUUGGGACAUGUCCAAAGCUUCCGAAUCUGAGAAGAAAAGCUCUGUAAAUGACGAUUCAAUGACUUUGAACGAAAUCGUCAACGAUUUGGCGAAGAAGAAUCCAUUCUUGAAGACCCCAAUGAAGCGUCGUCGUGAAGAGAAAGAAGAAGUUUCCGCUGGAGAAAAACGCUUGGAAUGGUUGAAAGAAAAAGCCAAGAAGGCAGUGAUUCCAACGGAGCAAGUAUCGACCUUGAAGCCGGAGCACAUCUUUUUGGAGAAUGGCCCCCUCAUCAUCCACAUGUGUCUGGAAUGCAAGAAGUUCAACUCCACACGCACCGUCACAAACCUCGGAGAGGGGAAAAUCCAACUUCCACUCGGGCUCUGUACCAUCUGCCGCUCCCACAUUAAUCGUCAACGGGCCGUCAAGUUUUUCGAGCACGAGCUUCCAGCCAUCAAAAAAACGUAUGAUCUUUAA